GCCUGCGAGCUCACUUUUAGGUCUCGAUUGACACUCUGCUACUCAAUCGUCGAAACGAGUGUAAUUUUGGCCCCGGUAUACGUCCCUAAGCCUUCGCAGCCAUGCAGGCUUUCAAGACGGGUGCCUCCUCGGCGGUGCGCCAGGCUUCCAAAUCGACUAGAGGCUAUGCGAGUGUCUCCUCUGCAACUCCCUAUCAGCAGACCGUUAGCAACUUGAGAAUCAACUCGGAUACGAAAGUCCUCUUUCAGGGAUUUACUGGCAAGCAAGGUACAUUCCAUGCUACGCAAGCAAUCGAAUAUGGCACCAAAGUUGUCGGCGGCACGAAUCCAAAGAAGGCCGGCUCAAAACAUCUCGACCUCCCUGUGUUCAAAAAUGUGUCUGAAGGUGUGAAAGAGACGGGUGCUAACGCCAGUGUCAUCUUCGUCCCUCCUCCAUUGGCCGCUGCCGGUAUUAUCGAAGCUGUCGAGGCAGAGAUUCCUUUGGUCGUUUGCAUCACAGAAGGCAUUCCUCAACACGAUAUGGUUAGGGUAACCAACAUGCUAAAAACCCAGAGCAAGACACGUCUUGUCGGACCCAACUGCCCAGGGAUUAUCGCCCCUGGCCAAUGCAAGAUUGGUAUUAUGCCCGGGUUCAUUCACAAACGAGGACGCAUUGGCAUCGUGUCAAGAUCAGGAACUUUGACAUACGAGGCGGUCAACCAAACAACACAAGUUGGUCUGGGACAAUCAUUGGUCGUCGGUAUCGGAGGUGACCCCUUUAGCGGAACCAACUUCAUCGACUGCUUGAAAGUAUUCAUGGAAGAUGACGAGACGGAAGGAAUCAUCAUGAUUGGCGAGAUUGGAGGCAGCGCUGAAGAGGAUGCCGCCGAGUUUUUGAAGAGCGAGAACAAGAAGAACAAGCCUGCAGUCAGCUUUAUCGCUGGCAUCAGUGCACCUCCCGGACGACGAAUGGGUCACGCUGGUGCCAUCAUCAGCGGUGGAAAGGGUGGUGCUGAUUCGAAGAUUGCGGCUCUGGAAGCAGCUGGUGUGAUUGUGGAGAGAAGCCCUGCGGCAUUGGGCAAGGCUCUGCAUCACCAGUUCGUCAGCCGGGAUCUCAUUUGAGCGUCGUGUGGGUUAGAUCUUUCAAGCGCAAGUGGAUGGUCAUGUUUGCAGGAAGUGCUUGUUGUAGUUUUGAUACCCGAAUGGGCACACUUGAUAACA